CCUCCGUGAACACCCAGGCCAACAACGCCAAACGGUGAUUUUCCAGCAGUUAGUUCGGACACACUCGACAACAGUGCGAGUGCGCCGGUCGACCACCCGCUCCGGUUAUUCUGUGACAGUGACGAGAUAACAAACCUCAACAUGACUAGAUACGUCACAGUUGCUUUAGUAUUAAGUGGGUGUGUCCUGCUCGCGGCGGCUCAGUAUAACAACGUCGGUUUCGGUUACGACAACUACCUCGCGACCAACUUUGGCGCCCCGGGCUUAGGCGGUUUGUCAGCCGCCGCCUCCAGGGAUCCUAGGGCUAAUACAGGACCAGUUUUGUUCCCCCCUUCGCCAUCAGCAGGCUCUGACCAGUCUAGCGGUGUUCUCAUUGGCGGCUCAGGAUACGGCUUCCAGCCUCCACGCUCGCAAGGCCCAGUAGUACCAAGAUAUUUCUACAGAGGGUUCUACGGAAGAAGAUAAAAUAUUCACUUAUACUUAAUAAUAAUAGAAUUUAAAUUAUUCCACGUGUACCUUUUCCAUAAAAAAUAAUGAUUGUUGUAUAAAAAGUAAACUUCAUACAUGUACAGAUACGUACUAUAGUACAAAUUCUAACUUGUAAAUAAUGUGUAAAAACUGUGAUAAAGUGUGUGCAAGCGAUGAAGUACUUAUUUUUAUAGAUAUUAAUAACAUUUUA